AUGGCGCCACUUUUACUACUCCUCGCUGCCACCAACGCGCUAAAGAACCGCUCGGCGACGCUAGCAAUGGCCGCCGCGCUGCAGGUGACUCUCGACGAGACGAUGACGUCGCUCGUCGACCCGCUCGUCGCGGCUCGAGCGCGGGACGGCGUUGUCGUACCUCUCUUCUCGAACCUGGGCUUCGUCCCCUUCCUCAAGAACCUGCUCUGCUCGAUGGACCGCGUGCGCGUCUCCAACUGGGUGGUGAUCGCCCUCGACAACUCCACCUGCGCGCCAAUACGCGGCGGGUUCGGCCUCGCGUACGCCUCUCCCGCGUGCGUCUUCCCGUACGCGCACCGGCCGCUCACGACGCAAGGCGCGGCCAGCUACCGCACGGCCAAGAUCAUCCGGAUGGUGAUUAGAUGA